AUGGCAGUUGGCUCUCCGCCAUAUACUUACGGUUGCAGCUUCCACCGAACUCUAGAGCCGUCCUGCUCUUCUUCAUCCUCCUCCGCUGUCUCUUUGUACCGCCGCUCUCCUCCUCAAAAGGUUUCGAGAUUUUUCGCCCCUCGGAUUACGAAUUCUGGGAGAUUCAAUCAGGUGCGGAUGCCCUCAUCGCAACAUGUGUACAGAUUGCGAUACGCUUCUCGAAUGCCAGUGAUAAGGGCGGCUGUUGUCACACCUGAUUCAUCUGUUCUCACAGAGGAAAAUGUCGAGAGCGUAUUGGAUGAGGUUCGGCCUUAUCUAAUGGCAGAUGGGGGUAACGUUGCGUUGCACGAAAUUGAUGGAAAUAUCGUCCGACUGAAAUUACAAGGAGCAUGUGGCUCAUGUCCUAGUUCUACUAUGACAAUGAAAAUGGGUAUUGAACGUCGUCUAAUGGAUAAGAUCCCUGAAAUUGUUGCUGUUGAAUCAAUACCAGAUGAGGAGACGGGCCUUGAGCUAAAUGAAGAGAACAUUGAGAAGGUUCUUGAAGAAAUAAGGCCUUUUCUAGUUGGAGCAGCUGGUGGGGAUUUAGAGCUUGUAGAAAUUGAGGAGCCAAUAGUCAAAGUACGGAUUAGUGGACCCGCGGCUGGUGUGAUGACUGUACGGGUUGCGGUUACUCAAAAACUUCGAGAAAAAAUACCAGCCAUCGCAGCUGUUCAGCUUCUGUCGUGA